UAAAAAAAAAAAAACUAUUCACGAGAGAGAGACAGAGAGAUCGAUCCUCAACCCCAACUUGCGAACCAGCGGCGGCGGGUGGAGAUGCUCCGCCGGAGCAAGAAGCAGAAACUGGCCAAAGAAGAUGAAGAAGAUGCUCGUAUCAGAGAUACGGAGUCUCCGUCGUCGGUGUACCUGGUGGUCGGCCAUGGAGUCACUCGCCCUUCCUACUCCUUGUUCAAGGUGAACCCACACCUUCCAGCUAACGCUGACGACGGCGGCGACACCCCGCUACCCCUCCUGCCCUACCUCGCUCACCUGACCGGCAAGCACUACAUGUCUUUCGUUUCCGUGCGGUCGAGGAGGCACGCGCCGUGGAUCGUUGGCGUCGGCGGCAGCUCAGCCCGGAAUUACGGCCCUGAUGAGACCAUCGUCUUCGACACCGUGAUGCGCAAGGAGAUCUCGGGACCCAAGCUUUUGUCGACCAAGCUCUGCCCGAUCUUGCUACCAUUCGGCGACAAGAUCUACGCCCUGGCGCGCAGGCCAGCCGUGACGGGGGACGUCAAUUUCGUCCCCUGGUUCGAGGUGCUCGAUCUCUCCGUGGCUCGGGUGGACGACGAUGCCUCGGACCGUCUGGUGGGCUGCGAGUGGAGACCACUGCCUCGCCCGCCAUUCUUCCCCUGGGACCUCACCCCAACUGACUACAUCUUCCCGCCGGUGGUCACCGUCAAGUCCCAUGUAGCAGUUGCCUCCUACAUUCUGCUGUCCAUAACCGGGCAGACGGGCACCCACAUGUUCGACGUCGAGACGGAGGAAUGGCGCAAACUCGACGACAAUGACCUGCCGUUUCAUGGACGUGCCGUCCCUCUUCAGGGAACAGGAACGCUCUAUCUUGGCUUAUCGAACACUACCAAUGCAAUCACUGCUUACAGGAUCAAAGUCGUCUCUGCAGUCCAGCCUCCGCCGUUGCAAGCCCAAGCAUCACACCUACAGGGUGCCUGUCCAGCCUCCGCCGUUGCAAGCCCAAGCAUCACACCUACAGGGUGCCUGUCCUUGUCAAUUGUUGAGAUCCGAAUGGUGACCAACUUUGAGGAUGAGGAGGAGAUUGUUAGCACUGGCAGAUUUAUUUUCCUCGAUCACCUCCCUGACAGACCUGGCUUCUGUUCAUUUACAUGGUCCAACGAUGACCCUCUCCAAUUCUCAUCUUUACCUGAGCACACCAAGGAGCUUCUCACCAUUAGAGCAUACACAACAGAGGGACCCCUGUCACAAGAUUACCUCGAGUCUACUCGUACCCUUGUGAUCUCCAACCAAUGGAAACAGGUUUACAGCAUAUGCGAUACUGUCCGGGGACUUUCUUUCCCAUGCCUGGCAGGCGCAAUAUCCUUAUGAGUAAGCCCCUCUUGACACAGUUUUUUUCUGGGACUUCACUACAUUGCUUAAAUUAAUUCAUAUAUCUAGCUAGUUCAAUUAGAUACUUUAUUUGUUCGCUCAAACCAAUCACAAACUGAUAAGAACAAACUGGAGAUUUUAGAUUUCACUGGUGGAGAAAUGAUCUUUGCUGGGUCGACCCAAAACCACAAUAAUUCCGGUUCUAAAAAGAACCGGGACUAAAGAUGAUUUUUAGUCCCGGUUGAAAACCUCAGAGACAUUCUAUACCAACCAGGACUAAAAAUCAUCUUUAGUCCCGGUUCAUCCUCUGUCAAAUUGAUGUUAUGGGGGCCGAGGAUCUUUAGUCCCGGUUGGUAACACCAACCAGGACUAAAGAUCACCACUUUAGUUCCGGUUGGGAACACCAACCGGGACUAAAGAUCAAACCGAUCUUUAGUCCAGGUUGGGAACACCAACCGGAAUUAAAAUUCGAAGCGUAGUAUAUAAUCCCUAUCCCUUAUCCUCUCCUCCAUAGAUCGAAUCUCUCCCUUCCUCCUCCCUUCCUCCAUCGGUCCAUCCUCA